AUGGUGACCGCAGCUCUCAACCAGGGCGUCGGCUACGGCAUUGUCCUCGGCGUAGGCUUCCUCUUCGCCAUUGGCAUGAUUGCCACGACCUAUGUGCUUAGACGAUACAACAGGGAGCUGCAGACUUCCGAGAACUUUACCACGGCCGGCAGGACGGUCAAGUCGGGCCUUGUCGGUUCCGCCGUUGUCUCGUCCUGGACGUGGGCCGCCACGCUGCUUCAGUCGUCGGGCGUGUGCUACCGAUACGGCGUAUCUGGCCCUUUCUGGUACGCCUCGGGCGCGACUGUGCAGAUCCUCCUCUUCGCGACGCUCGCCAUCGAGCUCAAGCGCAGGGCGCCCAAUGCACACACGUUCCUCGAGGUCAUCAAGGCCAGAUACGGCACGGCCACGCAUCUCGUCUUUAUCGUCUUCGGCCUGAUGACCAACAUCCUGGUCACCCUGAUGCUGAUCGUGGGAGGCGCGGCGACGGUCAACGCACUCACCGGCAUGCACACCGUCGCCGCCAUUUACCUGCUGCCCGUCGGCGUCGUUGCCUACACGCUCGUCGGAGGCUUGAAGGCGACCUUUCUCACCGACUGGGUCCACACCUUUAUCCUGCUGAUCAUUAUCAUCAUUUUCUCCCUGACGGCCUACGCCAGCUCCGACGUGCUCGGCAGCCCCUCCAAGGUGUACGACCUCCUCGUCGAGGCCGCGCUCAGGCACCCGGUCUCGGGCAACGCCGAGGGGUCCUACCUGACCAUGAAGUCGCAAGGCGGCGUCGAGUUCUUCGUCAUCAACAUUGUGGGAAACUUCGGCACAGUCUUCCUGGAUAACGGAUACUACAACAAGGCCAUCGCGGCGUCGCCGGUCCACGCGCUUCCCGGCUACAUCAUCGGCGGCCUCUCGUGGUUCGCCAUCCCCUGGCUGACGGCGACGACCAUGGGCCUCUCUGCGCUGGCGCUCGAGUCGAACCCGCGCUUCCCGACCUUCCCCGCGCGCAUGACCGAGGCCGAGGUCUCGGCCGGGCUUGCGCUUCCCUAUGCGGCGGUGGCCCUCCUCGGCAAGGGCGGCGCCGCGGCGACGCUGCUGAUGGUCUUCAUGGCCGUCACGUCGGCAUCGUCGGCGGAGCUCAUCGCCGUCUCGUCCAUCUUCACGUACGACGUCUACCGGACGUAUUUCAAGCCCGACGCCAGCGGCAAGCGCCUCAUCUACAUGUCGCACGUGGUGGUCGUCGUGUACGCGCUCGUCAUCAGCUCCGUCUCGGUGGGACUGUAUUACAACGGCAUCUCGAUGGGUUACCUCUACGUGCUGAUGGGCGUGCUCAUCUCGGCCGCCGUGCUCCCGGCGACGCUGACGCUCGUGUGGAAGGGCCAGAAUAAGUGGGCGGCGACGCUCUCCCCCAUCUUCGGCACGGCCUUCGCCAUCAUCGGCUGGCUCGUCACGGCCAAGAAGACGUGCGGCGUCUUGGACAUCGCCUGCACGGGGUCCAACAACCCCAUGCUGGCCGGCAACGUCAUCGCCCUUUUGUCGCCCAUCGUGCUGAUCCCGGUCUUCACGCUGGCGUUUGGUAUGGACAAGUACGACUGGAAGUCGAUGAUGGCGAUCCGCAGGGGCGACGACCACGAGCUGGCCAGCGCGGCCGGGCUGGACCUCGAGGAGAUCCCGGGACACCAGGAGACGCAGGCGGCGUUCGAGCGCGAGCAGACGAUGCUGUCCCGUGCGUUCAAGAUUUCCGUCUCCAUGACGGCGUUUUUGACCAUCGCGAUGCUCAUCCUCUGGCCGAUGCCCAUGUACGGCUCCGGGUACAUCUUCAGCAAGCCCUUCUUCACGGGGUGGGUGGUGGUCGGCAUCCUUUGGAUCUUCUGCUCCUUCUUCGCCGUCGGGCUGUUCCCCAUCUUCGAGGGCCGCGCGACGCUCGUGCACACGGUCAAGUCGAUGAUAUCGGGCAAGAAGCCGACGCGCCACCACACCGUGACGCACGGGGAAGAGGAGGAGGAGGAGGCCAAGGAGGAGACGACCCCCGGCGGCGUUACGUCCGAGAAGAAGGACGUGGGCGGGGAGACUGUCCCGUUGUGA